UUGCUUCGGUGCGCACCGCCUCCGCCCUUGCUGAGCGCUGCCGUCUGCGGGACCCCGAGUAGAUCCGGACGCCCGGGACCGAGUCGAGGAGUCGGGUCUGGGGUAGCCGGUGGUGAAGGAGGAGCCAGGUCCGAGCGGCCAAGCCCAAGGCCCCCCGAACUUGGAGGUGGGAGGCUGAGGCCCCCAAGGGGGCCCCGCCGGGAUGGGCAACCUGGAGAGUGCCGAAGGGGGCCCGGGCGAGCCGCCGUCUGUUCCGCUGCUGCUGCCGCCCGGCAAGAUGCCGAUGCCUGAGCCCUGUGAGCUGGAGGAGAGGUUCGCCCUGGUAUUGAGCUCUAUGAACCUGCCUCCCGACAAGGCCCGGCUCCUGCGGCAGUACGACAAUGAGAAGAAGUGGGAUCUGAUCUGUGACCAGGAACGAUUCCAGGUGAAGAAUCCUCCCCACACUUAUAUCCAGAAACUCCAGAGCUUCUUGGACCCCAGUGUAACUCGGAAGAAGUUCAGGAGGAGAGUUCAGGAGUCAACCAAAGUACUAAGGGAGCUGGAGAUCUCACUUCGUACCAACCAUAUUGGAUGGGUACGGGAGUUUCUGAAUGAUGAAAACAAAGGCCUGGAUGUGCUGGUGGAUUACUUGUCCUUUGCCCAAUGUUCUGUCAUGUACAGCACUCUCCCAGGGCGCAGGGCCCUGAAGAACUCCCGCCUGGUGAGCCAGAAGGAUGACGUCCAUGUCUGCAUCCUGUGUCUCAGAGCCAUCAUGAACUAUCAGUAUGGAUUCAACCUGGUCAUGUCCCACCCCCAUGCUGUCAAUGAGAUUGCGCUCAGUCUCAACAAUAAGAACCCAAGGACCAAAGCCCUUGUCUUGGAACUCCUGGCAGCUGUGUGUUUGGUGCGGGGAGGUCAUGAAAUAAUUCUUGCUGCCUUUGACAAUUUCAAAGAGGUAUGCAAGGAGCUGCACCGCUUUGAGAAGCUCAUGGAGUAUUUCCGGAAUGAGGACAGCAACAUCGACUUCAUGGUGGCCUGCAUGCAGUUUAUCAACAUCGUGGUGCACUCGGUGGAGGAUAUGAACUUCCGGGUCCACCUGCAGUAUGAGUUCACCAAGCUGGGGCUGGAGGAGUUCCUGCAGAAGUCAAGGCACACAGAGAGCGAGAAGCUGCAGGUGCAGAUCCAGGCAUACUUGGACAAUGUCUUUGAUGUGGGGGGCUUGUUGGAGGAUGCAGAGACCAAGAAUGUGGCCCUGGAGAAGGUGGAGGAGCUGGAAGAGCAUGUGUCCCAUCUCACAGAGAAGCUUCUGGACUUAGAAAAUGAGAACAUGAUGCGGGUGGCAGAGCUUGAGAAGCAGCUGCUGCAGAGGGAAAAGGAGCUGGAAAGCAUCAAGGAGACAUACGAGAACACGAGCCACCAGGUGCACACCCUGCGGAGGCUCAUUAAAGAGAAGGAGGAGGCCUUCCAGCGCCGAUGCCACUUGGAGCCAAGUGCCCGGGGCCUGGAGUCAUUGGGUGGCGAGGCUCUAGCGAGGGUAGGCCCUACAGAGCUGAGUGAGGGCAUGCUGCCCUCUGACCUGGACCUCCUGGCUCCAGCCCCACCCCCUGAAGAGACCCAACCUCUGCCUCCACCACCAGCUCCUCCUUUGCCCCCUCCACCUCCCCCAUUACCAGGCAAAUGUCCACCAGCCCCACCUCUCCCUGGCGCUGCUCCCUCUGUGGUAUUGACAGUGGGCCUGUCAGCCAUUCGCAUCAAGAAACCUAUCAAGACCAAGUUCCGGCUGCCAGUCUUCAACUGGACAGCGCUGAAACCCAACCAGAUCAGUGGCACUGUCUUCAGUGAACUUGAUGAUGAGAAGAUCUUGGAGGACCUGGACCUGGACAAAUUUGAAGAACUGUUCAAAACGAAAGCCCAGGGCCCUGCCCUUGACCUCAUCUGCUCCAAGAAUAAGACAGCACAAAAGGCUGCCAGUAAGGUGACCUUGUUGGAAGCCAAUCGUGCCAAGAACCUGGCCAUCACCCUACGCAAGGCUGGCCGCUCAGCUGAGGAGAUCUGCAGGGCCAUCCACACGUUUGACCUACAGACACUACCUGUGGAUUUCGUGGAGUGCCUGAUGCGCUUCCUGCCCACAGAGGCUGAGGUGAAGCUGCUGCGGCAGUAUGAGCGCGAGCGGCAGCCCCUGGAGGAGCUGGCAGCUGAGGACCGCUUCAUGCUGCUUUUUAGCAAGGUGGAGCGGCUGACCCAGAGAAUGGCUGGCAUGGCCUUCCUAGGCAACUUCCAGGACAACCUGCAGAUGCUCACGCCGCAACUCAAUGCCAUCAUUGCAGCCUCCGCUUCCGUUAAGUCCUCACAGAAGCUGAAGCAGAUGUUGGAGAUCAUACUCGCUCUAGGGAACUACAUGAACAGCAGCAAAAGGGGAGCUGUAUAUGGGUUUAAGCUCCAGAGCCUGGAUCUGCUGCUGGACACCAAGUCCACUGACCGGAAGAUGACGCUGCUGCAUUUCAUUGCCUUGACGGUGAAGGAGAAAUACCCAGACCUGGCUAACUUCUGGCAUGAGCUACACUUUGUAGAGAAGGCUGCAGCAGUGUCCCUGGAGAACGUGCUGCUGGAUGUGAAAGAGUUGGGCCGGGGCAUGGACCUGAUUCGUCGGGAGUGCAGUCUCCAUGAUAAUAGUGUCCUUCGGAACUUCCUCAGCACCAAUGAAGGCAAACUGGACAAGCUCCAGCGAGACGCCAAGACGGCUGAGGAGGCCUACAAUGCAGUUGUUCGCUACUUUGGUGAGAGUCCCAAGACCACACCUCCUUCUGUAUUCUUUCCAGUCUUUGUCCGUUUCAUUCGUUCUUAUAAGGAAGCAGAACAAGAGAAUGAAGCCCGUAAGAAGCAGGAGGAAGUAAUGCGAGAGAAGCAGCUGGCUCAGGAAGCCAAGAAACUGGAUGCCAAGACCCCAUCCCAGCGGAACAAGUGGCAGCAGCAGGAGCUCAUUGCAGAGUUGAGGCGGCGCCAGGCCAAGGAACACCGGCCUGUGUAUGAGGGGAAGGACGGUACCAUCGAGGACAUCAUCACAGGCCUCCACCACCAGCCCAUUGUUGUUCGACAUCAAGCCAGGAGUGCUGCACCGCCCAGUGGCCCCCCUCGGGCUCCAGGGCCCCACUGA